AUGACUGGUAUUUUAGAAGUCGAGUUGUUUGACGUGUGGGGAAUAGACUUUAUGGGACCUUUCCCGUCAUCGUAUAAUAACAAGUACAUUUUUCUUGUGGUGGACUAUGUUUCUAAAUGGGUACAAGUUGUAGCAACUCCUACUUGUGAUGGGAAAGAGGUACUUAGAUUCCUUCAAAAAAAUAUCUUCACUCGGUUUGGUACCACAAGAGCAAUUAUUAGUGAUAGGGGGAGUCAUUUUUGCAACAAGUCUUUCACUGCUCUCUGUGCUCGUUAUGAUGUUCAUCAUCGAAAGGCAUUGUUUUAUCAUCCACUUUCCAAUGGUCAAGCCGAAGUGUCGAAUAGGGAGAUUAAAGUUAUCUUGGAAAAUACUGUAAAUACGUCAAGGAAGGAUUGGUCGAAGAAGCUCGAUGAUUCACUUUGGCCUUAUCGCACUGCAUUUAAAACUUCGAUUGCUUAUGAGAAUGCAAGGGUUUAUAAAGAGAAGUCGAAGGCCUUUCAUGAUAAGCGGAUACUUAGGAAGGAUUUUCAACCAGGAGAUAAAGUGCUGCUAUUUAAUUCAAGACUUAAGCUCUUUCCUGGUAAAUUGAAGCCGAGAUGGUCUGGACCGUACACGGUAGUUGCUUCACUUCCUUAUGGAGUAGUGCAAGUUCAUAGUGAGAAGAUGUGA